UAUAAAUAGUAAUCCUAUUCUGUAGAUUUUCAUUACAUUGCGAAACGGUGCGGCUUGAAGUUGUGAGAACUGGCUGAACGAGCCCAAACCGACAUGAGGACCAUUUUCGUUUGGGGGUGCCUCUUGGCUGUAAUUAUCGAGCCUUGUAUGUCGGACAUGUACAUGCAUUUUCCACCAGGAUCUAACAAUCGUUUGAAUGGCAACCAAGAUAACGUCAAGAACGCAAACAGAUUGUUUGAUUCUCAGAAUAACGGCAAAGCUGGAUACAAUGUUGGAGACAAAUUGGACUCUAAUCCUGGAGACAAUAUUCAAGAAUUCAGGCAGCAACCAUUGGAAUUCUACAUGGGUGGUUGCGACCCUAAGGUCAAAACCGAAGUGGAAAUCAUGUGGACAAAUCAACACGGGACCGCUUAG